GACUAAUGGUGAACAUUACCCGACUCUGGUCUUAAUUUUUUAGUGCGAACACAGCCCCGCAUACACCAACAAUUCGUCUCCGAAUUUGAGUAGGACAUGUUAUGUUUGGCUGUGUCUCAGAUGUUUCAGCCUGUUGUCGCUGCCACAAGCCAACUGACACAUAUGCAUCUUCAUAUCACCGUGGCCAACGCACUAUAAAGCCCCAUGAAAAUGCUUUCACCAACCAACAUUCAUUCUCACUCCCACUCAGACUUCACACAGCAAUCAUGACGAAACCUCCCGUGCCGGGCACCUAUGUCAUCGUUAAUAAAGCUCUCUCCCCAACUAACGAAAAGCUUGCGAUCACCUACAACGGUCUAGAUCAGCCUUUGACCGUGAACAUCAAGACCGAUUCUUCUCACCAGCGUUGGAUCGUUCAGGAUCACGACCAGAACACCAAAUCCUUGGUUCCUGUCGAUGCUACUGCCCUCCAAGCUGCUCGGGAUGCAGACUGUGCAACAGCACUUCCAACACAUAGUUAUGUAUGGACCAUUACAGAAACCGAUUCAGGAUACACCAUUCAAGAUGGGGCAGGAACUGCGUUUUGGGGAGUUGCGGAUGCAGUCGACAAUGCUCCGCUCGUCGCUGGGUCCGACACCGGUGACGAAAAGCACAGGUGGUCUUUCGAAACAGUGCUGUAGACUUCGGAACAAGUUGAAAUGUGUAUAAAUGGCGUGUUUCUCGAGAACACGAUCGAUGUAUUAGUAUUGUGACCGCUCAGGCUGUGAAUUAGGAUGCAUAUGAUAUUCACCUUGCUCCAUAAGGUCAUGCUCCCCAGUUAUAUAAACUGACUUGAUGGUGGAGAAAUUUACGACUCAACGAGAAGAGUCACAUGUCCUCGAUCGCGCGUCCCGAUCGGGCGGGUUCAAUAUUCAAUCUGGG